UGCCCCUCUUGGGGCAGCUUGCCCUUCAGUACAGUCUAGACAUCAGUAACCUACAAGGACGAGGCUGCGAUCAAGGACAGCACCGAGCGCAGGAUCUUCACAACCGACAAAUGCGCAAAUAGGCUUAGUGCUGCGCAAGCCAAUGUGCAACUCCACGGCGAUGAAUGCUGAACAGCCCGCGUCACUUGGUCCUCCAAAGCUUAUGAUGCAUGAUUUAGAGGUCGUGUAUGCGACACAGUUUCUUCUGAUCCUCGAAGUACAGUGCUGUAGUCUCGUCGAGCCGCGGAGCUGUGCAAGCUACCGCGCUUUCUUCAGCCAGAAAGCCUCCGCUCGAGGAUCUCCAACGACCUGCCAGAGCUUCCAAUCUCCGGUCCAUUCUACGCAGUUUCUGCUCUUCGGGGCGAUAGUAUUUUGGCUUCUUCGCGAUUGUAGCUAACUCUGCGGUUCGGUCCGAAUGCAUGGUGGAUUCUGACAAGCUUGCGUUCGCGCGUGAAGUCGCCUGUUCAUCGCGAAGAUACCUUUCCGCCGUGUACAGAAACCCGUAAUGUCCGGCACCGUCACGGUAGCCGAAUAGUGAGAAGGCCCCAAGUGGUUCAGAGUAUCGGGUCCAACAGCCGCCUACUCGCCGGCUUCGAUGGACCGCCAUCAUUUUUAGGCGCGCCAUCACGAAAAUAGACUCCUCACGAUGGACCGCCACCAGCGCAGAGCCGUAGGAACGCAGCCAUGUGAAGCGAGCAGCGCCGUGAUUCCCUGCGAUACUGCAUCCGCCUCUCCCAGCACGUCACUCCUGGCCGUCGAUUUCCGACAUCCGAUGUCGAAUCCUUUCUCAUCCGUACACGCCGCGACAGCUCUCCAUGACCCCGUAUCCGUCGAUCGCUGGCCCAUGCUCGGUUCGGUCAGCACUACUAGCAGUAGCAGCACGAUAGGCGCCACACACCUCGAGAGUGCCGCGGCGCGGCCAUCAUUUGACGCCGGUUUGCAGCGGAUAUUGGACAACUCGUCGCUCGACCAGAGCUUCAGCAGCGCAGGGCCGGAUCCUUUCGGCGGACGCCUUUACCCCUUCUACUCCGCACAACGCCCGCGCCUGCCCGCGCGCUCACUGCGCGGAGACCCACCCGGCGGGCUCGCGAAGCCACUUCCGACUUCUAUUUCGAACCCUUCCGCCCCCGCGCAUCGCCUUACCUCCGAGGGUUUUCUUCCUGUCGUUCCCGAGGCUUUCGCGGCCCCGGCGGGGGGUUCGAGUCCCGUGCGCGGGCUCGUGUCGCUCCCCGACUGCCUCCACGGCCUCUUCGCCUCCUCUGCCUUCCCCGCCCAUUCUGCGCCUUCCGCGGGCUUCCCCGCUUCCGCUGACCUUGCGCAUUCCGCUGGCCCCCGCGUGCAUGAAAAUGCCCCUGACGGUGCGCAUCUCCGCGCCUCACUCGCGCCGUUUCUGCUUCCGCCAGCGCGAGAGCACGGCCACGCAGCGUCAACCGGCGCGGUAGCGGGACGAUGGGAGAGCGAAACAGCAACGUGUGUAGCCGCGGAGUCGGCGGCGGGCUUUGCGGUCGGAGAUUGCGGUCGUCUGCUCGGCGACGGCUCCUCGAGGUGGCGAGGGGCACCUCUGGAGCGCGGCGAUCCCGUCGCCGCCGAAGCAUCAGCGUGGACCGGUGCGCCGGCGGCAGAGGAGCAUCGAGCGCGGGAGCAGCGGCAGCGGCAGCAGGCGGAGCUGGCGGAAGGCGGAGGAAGCGUGGGCGCGGAAGGGGGGUUGGGCGGUGGCGGCAUGGUGGGGGAUGAGCGCAUGUGGGACAUGGGCGGGGCGGCGAUGGGUGUGGACCUGGGGUUGCACGGCUCUCACGGCGCGGCGUUUGACGGCGCGGCGGCCACAGGCAUGAGCGACUUAAGCAGCGGCAUGGUGAUGAGCAUGCGCAGUGGCUUGGGCAUGGAUGUGGGCGCUAUGGACAUGGAUAGGGGCGGGCGCACGCCCAUGUGUGUGGGUAUGGGUAUGGGCAUGGGCAUGCGCAUGGGCAUGGACACGCCAAUGGUGGACAUAGAGGCGGCGGUGGCGAUGGAGAUGCGGUGCGCCGACGAGCUGCUGGCGCGCACGGCGUCCAUGCGGGAGGACGACGCGCCGGCACUGCCGCGAGAGCCGGCAGGCGGCAUAGAGGCGGCGGGCUUCGCUCACGCGGCAGGACUCCCUCUUGGUGCGGCUUCGAUGGAAGCCGUGCACACCCCUCCGCCUCCUGCUGCAACCCCUCCGCUGUCAGCUCCUGCAGACCUGACGCCGCCUGUGCCAGCCGUAGCGUCUGAAGCGCCCCCCUUGUCCCCCUUGUCGCCCUUGGCGCUCUACUCCCGCCGCAACUCGUGGCCAGCGGCGCCGCUGCCGCCAUCAGCGGACGCGGCGCUGAUGCAAGCGCUGGAGCUGGAGCGGCUCGAGCACGACGCCGCCAUGGCUAGCGUCACCGCCAUGGCCGCCGCAGGCGCCGCUCCCCACGCCCCGCCUCUCUCAAUGUCUCCUGCUUCCCUACCCCCCAGUGCCGGCCUGUCAGGUGCAGUCCCCUCCAAUGCGCGCCCAUGCCACGCCAUGGCCGCCGCCGCAGAGGAAUCUCCCUUCCUGCCCGCCCUAGGCUUCUCCUCGCCAGCCAAGCGAGCCAAGCCACUCCAGCGGCAGCAGCAGCAGCAGGAGGGUGUGAACGCCGAAUUGCUUCUGAGCCAAAGCCCGGAGCCCCAGCCACUGCCGCACGCCCCUACGCCUGCGCCCGCUGUUGCCACUGCCCGCCCUGCUGCCCCAGCAGUCGUCUCAUUGGCCGAGGUCUUCCGCAUGGAGGCGCUGAUGGCGGGCGGGGGGGAGGGGGAGGGGGGGCGGGAAAUGGCGUGGGAAGGGGAGGGGCGUGUUGCGGGUGCGCGCAACAGUCAGGCUAGCAGGCACGUGGAGAGGGAGGCGAGGGAGGGGGAGAGGCGAGAAGGCACGGAGAGGCGACGGCGGGGAGGCAUGGAGGCGGGAGAGGGCGCGUCAGCAGGGCAGUGCAGGGAGGCGGGGGCGCGCAGUCCUGGCGAUGCUGCCAUGGAUGGCCGCAUGGAGAGGAGGGCGAUGAGCAGUGGGGGUGGCAGGGGGGGUGGCGGCAGUGCAACCCGUCCCAGCACCACCCUUCCCUGCGCUCCAGAAUCGCUGAUAGCGGGGCAAGGCAGUGGGGUGGGAAGGGGCGGUGAGGGGUCCAGGUGCGGUGGGGGUGCAGCGAAGCGGGCGACAAGGGAGGGGGGUGAGGAGGAAGGCAGUGGGCGGGCUGUGAGGGCUGCUAAGCCAGCAAGCGCUGCUGGUGGGGGUACUGGUAGCGGGGCAGGAGAAAUGUGCACCCCAGCAACGGUGCCAGUAGCGGUGUGUGCCAAGCGCCCUGGCCCAUGGGCGCCUAGCGACCUCACCUUCUCUCUCACCCACCUCCCCAAAGCAGCGCCAUCGGUGCACGACGUGUUGGCCCGCCACUUUGAGGCCCCUCAAGAGCACCGGCCCGGUGUGGCGCCAGCUGUGCACGAGCUGUUGGCCCGCCGCCACACCGUCUCCAGCACUCCCUCCCUCCGCCAACACGGCUUCCGGAAAAUCAUGCCCCACCCCUCCCUCCCUUUCCCCGUCAAUCCCUCCCCCAUGCCCUCGCUUCGAGGCCCUCUCCCACUCUCCCCUUGCUCUCUUGCCUCCCUCCAUCUCCUGCCCACCACGCCUGCUGCUGCUGCUGCUGCAGUGCCGUCUGCUCCCCCCCUCUUCGCCUCUCAGCCGCCCUUCAGCGCCCCCCUCGCCAUGCACCCCCACGCCCCUUCACCCCCCUCCACCACGCCAGCUCCCCUCCCCUUCCUCCCCACGCAUCCCCUCCCUUUCCGCUUCCGUACCCCUCCCCUCCCCCCCACGUCCCCUCCUCUGUGCGUCACGCCCAGAGGAGCAAUCAGCGCUGGUGGCGGCGGCAGCAGCAGCAGCAGUGGGAGCGCAGGAGGUGCGGGGUGCGUUUUCCAGUCAAGGGAGCCUCCCAACUUCAUCCCACCGACUUCCGUCCUUGAGCAUCAAGCCCUUCAAGCCAGUGUGUUCCAUUCUUUAUCCAAGCGAAGCCUCUCCUCCUCCAUGCUCCCCUCCUCCACGCUCCCCACACCCCUUUCUUUUCCACCAUCUGCCCCACGCCAACCACAAACCUUUCUGCCCUUGUCAGCAGCACCGCCCGCCUUCGCUUCCUCCUCCUCCCUCCUCCCUUUCCUUCCAAACAACCCCCAGCACGACCCGCUGCGGUGUUUGGGAUGUGGAAUAGAGUUGGACCAAGAGAAUGCCAAGGAAGCCUUAGCCCUGCCGGAGGGGGUGGGCCCUCCUUUGCCUCCUGGGUCCGAGAUGCUGGCGGGGCGCAUCCCGCGUGUGCACGGGUGCAACGAGUGCUUGCCCCUCCUCGUGCCCAGCUACUUUAGUAGGCGAGCAGCUGCUAAUAAGCACACUCCUAACAAGUCCACUUGAAUUGCUAUAUGAUGAAGGUUAUAUGGAAUCUUAUGAUUCUUAUGAGAGAUCUGUCAACGA